CACAAACACCGAAGAACCCAUUCCUCGACCCUUGUUUUCGAGAGCAAUGGUUCUAUUUCUUGACGGUGCAAUAGCGCAAUGGACUGUGGCCUUGUCUUUCAUUUUCGGUGGCUGCUGCACGAAUGUCCUGGCUCUGGAGUCGCUCGUCAAAGGACGUCCUGGUCUAGGGACAUUGAUAACAUUUGCACAAUUUGUCUUUGUGUCUGUCACAUGCUUACUACUUCGACCCUCGCUUCUUACGGACAGAGCGAUACCGCUAUCACGAUGGAUUUUAGCGGUUGCGCUGUUCUUCACAGUGAGUCUGCUGAACAACAUGGCGUUCACGUACGUUAGCGUACCUGUGCACGUACUUUUCCGCAGUGGAGGUACGGUGGUUACGAUGCUUACAGGAUGGCUGUUCGCGGGGAAGAGGUAUACGGUUCGGCAGGUUUUGGCAGUUGUUAUUCUCUCCGCUGGUGUCGUUGCCUCGACGCUGUCCGAUACAAGUUCGUCUUCCAGCAAAACACACCGAACAUUGUUGGAGGUGGUUCUCGGAGUGGCUAUCCUAGUGACGGCCCAGAUCCUGUCUGGUCUUAUGGGGUUGCACUUGGAGAAGACUUACCAAAUGCACGGAUCCCAUUGGAGAGAGGGACUGUUCUACACGCACUUUCUCGCUCUUCCGCUCUUUAUCCCUUUCGCCUCUCAGAUCCGUCAGCAGUUCGCUGAUCUCUCAGCGUCUCCACCACUCACCUUUUCCUUCGUACCCCUUCUCAAUCACAUGGAAGUGACCUCAUAUCCUGCCAUCACGUCCAAACUCCCGACAUACACCCUACCGUCAGGGGUGUUUGCACUCUUCGCCAAUAUCCUCACCCAGUACCUUUGCGUUCGGGGAGUGAAUAAGCUCGGUGCCAGUGUUUCGGCAUUGACAUUGACCAUCGUUCUUAGUCUGCGAAAGUUCGUCAGUCUAGCACUCAGCGUCUGGUUGUUUGGGAACGAGGCAACUGCAGAGUUGGUUAUAGGAGUUGUCCUGGUAUUGGGAGGAGCAGCGUGGUACACUUACGAAAGCAGCAAAGUCGCACAGGUAAAGAAGAAGGCCGAGAAAACGGAAUGAUUGGGCAUCAUCUGCAUGAUAUAGCUAUAGACGGAGAU